GUUGUGUUGGUAGUGUCAAUUGACGUGUUAUGGUGUUAUUGAGGAAGCGCCAUCUGCCGGUCUUUUCUCAUUGUUGACAUCUGACAAGAUGGCUCCGACCGCCAAGGAAGAAAAGAAGCCGAAAGCGGCCAAAGACGCCUCUAGGACCGAAACCAAGCAAAAACGGGGGCGCGCACGCAACUAUGACCUCGGUAACGGCGUGAUGAGAUUCUCGCGGACUUCCAUGUACCACCGGAAGGCCCUCUACAAAUUCAUGGGCAAGAAAGUCAAAGCUACGAAGAAGCCCGCCAAACCCACCUUCGCCAUCAAGGAAAUCGGCGGCGAAAAGAACGGAAAGGAGCGCCGAGUGUCUUUGAUCAAGCGCAGGAACUAUUACCCCACUGAAGACAAGAUUCGCAAACGCCCCGCUAAAAAAACCUUCAAGCAACACAAGCGUUACUUGCGGUCCACUCUGGCCCCCGGAACCGUGUGCAUUCUUUUGGCCGGGUCACACAAAGGCAAGCGCGUCGUUUUCUUGAAGCAGCUGCGUUCGGGGCUGCUUUUGGUGACCGGACCCAUGCGCAUCAAUUCGUGCCCGUUGAGACGGAUUAGUCAGAGAUACGUGAUCGCGACUCAGACUAAGAUUGACGUGUCUGGGGUGAAGUUGCCGAAGAAUGUGAACGACGAGUAUUUCAGGAGGCAGAGGGAGAAGCGCGCCAAGAAGGAAGAGGGGGAUAUCUUCCAGGCGAAGAAGGAGGCGUACAAAGUGAGCGAUCAGAGGAAAACUGAUCAGAAAGAAGUGGAUAAGCAGGUUUUAGAAGCUAUUAAGAAGCACCCCGAUCGGAAGGUUCUUUUGGCGUAUUUGUCUGCGAUGUUCGGGUUGAGGUCUUCGCAGUAUCCUCACAGGAUGCAGUUCUAGAUAGUGUUCCAUGUUUUAUUGAUUUAUUUGUAAAGUUUUUUCAAUAAAAUGUGGGUUCGUA